GAAAGGAACAACUUGACUGCUGAGUCACUGAAAGGGAUACUGCUUGUACAAGACGACUUCCAUGGCUACUUGAUGAGCAAUCAACAAUUGCUGAGAAAGAUAAGCUCUAGAGAAGUACGUAUGGGCAUGACCAAAGAAGCACAGGAGAGAACUGACAGCAUGUAAAAAGUUCAAGAAUCCCCCAGUCCUAUUGAAGGGAAACUUUCCAUUUACUGAAAGAGAAUACUGAAAAAAAUAACUUGGACUGAAUUUCUUGUGGAGUUUACACAAGUUAUCUGUGUACCUUGAUGUUGAAAGACAGUAGCAAAAACUGCAGCUACAGGUGGGAAAGGAAGAUCAGUCUGAAAAAGCAGUUGUUGAGAAGAGAACCUAGAGAAGUGGAGAACUCAGUGUCACCUGUUACAGGCGCUGGAUUUACCUCCUGGAACCUGAAGAUGACUUUGCUGAGAUGUAUCAUCAUUUAUCUCACCUGGGCUUAUUCAGCUAAUGGAGAAGUGCCAGUAUGCAGAGCACCACCUGAGAUUGAUUUUGGUGAAAUUCUUAGCAGUGAGAAGUCAAAAUAUGUGAAAAGUGACAGAGUACAGUACAGCUGCAAUGUUGGAUACACAUUGGCUGGAUCUGAAUGGAUAACGUGUGAUGGGAGAAGCUGGACAGCACCUCCAAAAUGUUUGGCCCCAUGCACUAUCACAAAACAACACCUUGUGGAUAAAAAUCUGUUUCUGAGCAGUGGACGAAGGCAUGCAACAGUCAUUCUAAGUGGCCAAACUAUGGAAUUUUCUUGUGCUGAUGGCUAUAACUUUACAGGCCCAUCUGUCAGACAAUGUAUUGAUGGACACAUAGAUUUCCCAUUGUGUGUUUCUGAGACAGGACAGAAAUGUGGUCGUCCACCAGUUAUUGCUAAUGGUGAUAUAACUACUUUUUCAAAAAAACAAUAUGCUUCAGGAUCCUCUGUAGAGUACAAAUGCCAGCAUUUUUAUACACUGCAAGGGAAAAAUACUAUUUUUUGCAUCAAUGGAGACUGGACCAAACCACCAUUUUGUAUGGAGCCAUGUAUUAUCAGCAUGGAAGAAAUGCAAAAUCAUGGAAUUGAGCUGAAUGAGCGAUCAAAGGGAAAACGAUAUGUUAAACAUGAUGACUUUAUUGAGUUUAAGUGCCAGUCAGGAUACACACUUCAGGAUGGGUUAUCCCUUCCAGAUUUUACUGUGCAGUGCAAUUCAGGCAACAUCGUGUAUCCUCAGUGUGAUAAAGAUACAUUCAGCUGUGGUCCUCCACCUUCUGUUCAAAAUGGAGACCUCAUUUCUGACCGACUAAUAGCGUAUUCAUCAGGCUCUUCAGUAGAAUACAAAUGCAGAAUGUUUUAUACAAUGACUGGAUCCAGAACAGUGACGUGUAACCUGGGAAGGUGGACAGCCCUGCCUCUAUGUUUAGAAAAAGCAUGUCGGCAGCCACAACCCAUAGAAAAUGGAGAGAUUCUCAGCGUAGAAAAUGGGACUCUACGAAGGGAGCAGUUGGGAGCAGUGAUUUACAUGAAUGGUGCUAAAUUAAAGUUCACUUGUCAUGCUGGCUUUUUGUUACGUGGAACAUCAGAGAUAACUUGUAAUAAGGGAAUAUGGACCUCUGCUCCAACAUGCAUUGAAAUGCCAUGCGGAAGUGUUCCCAGCAUUCUUAAUGGUUUCCCAGAAGGCAGACUAAAGGAUCAUUAUAAGCCUGGUGAAACAGUACAUUACCAGUGUCAAGAAGGUUUUAAUAUUACCGGAACACCAAACAUUAUAUGUAAGGCGGGGAAUUGGACCAAAUCACCUACAUGCGAAGAUGCAUGUAAAGCAUCCCCAGAGAUUAUGAAGAAAAAUAAUAUACAACUAAGAUGGAAGAGUAAAGACAAAUUAACGCCUAACUCUGAAGACUUUAUUGAAUUUUACUGUAAACUUGGAUAUGUGCGUGAUCCAACAUCUUCUGAAUUUAGAGUGCAGUGUUUAGAAGGGAGACUGCAAUAUCCCAAAUGUAUUAGGAGGUCUGAAAUGUCAUGUGGAAGGGCACCUGCCAUCUCCAAUGCCAUCAUAGAAGGCAGAGAGAAGGAAAGCUAUCACCCUGGUGAAACAGUGCUUUAUCAAUGCCAGUCAAAUUUUAGAAUUGUUGGGUCACCAACUGUAACAUGCAACAGAGGACUGUGGACCAAGCUACCUGAAUGCAAAAGCACAAUGUGUGGAGGUCCACCCAUAGUUGCUAAUGCCAAUGUUGUAGGAAAGAGGAACCAGAGGUAUCAGACUGGUGAACGAGUACAGUAUGAGUGUCAGGAACAUUUUGAAAUCAUGCCAUCAAGUUACAUAGUUUGUGCAAAUGGAGAAUGGUCACAACCUCCAGUUUGUAAAGCUAUGACAUGUGGCCCUGCACCAGUGAUUGCAAAUGGUGGGAUUAUGGGUUUUGGAAAGCAAAGAUAUUUUCCUGGUGAGAGAGUGCGCUACCGAUGCCAUGACGGUCUGAGUCUUAUCGGGCUACAGAUAAUAACUUGUAAGGAUGGGAUAUGGUCACAACCACCAGAAUGCAAAGAGGCUUCUGGAAAAUGUGGAACUCCCCCUCCUAUUGAUAAUGGAGAUAUCACUUCUUUUCUGUUGAAAGAAUAUGAAUCAGAUUCUCAGGUAGAAUACAAAUGUCAACAUUUCUACGUAAUGGAGGGAAAUAACAUUCUUACAUGCGUCUUAGGCCAGUGGACAGACCCACCAAUUUGUUUAGAGCCCUGUACAGUAUCUGAAGAAGAGAUGGAGAAAAAUAAUAUUGUGCUGAGUGGGGAAAAGAAAUUGUAUUCUUUAGCUGGAGAAGCUAUUGAAUUUGAAUGUAAAACUGGAUACAAGAGGGAUCCAACAUCUCCUGCACUUAGAGCACAGUGUUUCGAGGGGAAAUUACAAUAUCCUAGAUGUAAAAUAGGCUCUUGAACAGAAUAAAAGACCCAUCUCAAAACUAUUUUAACCAGUAUCUGAUAAGCAAACCAUUAAUCAAUUAUUUGUAGCAUUCAUAGAGUCAUAAAUAAAUAGGACUGGAAGGGACCUCAAGAGGUCAUGUAGUCCAAUCCCAUGCCUGAGGCAGGAUCAUCCCUAUCCAAACCAUCCCAUACAACCAUAAUCUAACUCUACGUAAAACUAUCUUCAACCCUGACACAACACAGACCUAACACCCUAACCUGCCACAGAUAAAGCAUGGGAACCACAGCAGCCAAUGUCCUGCUUCUAUGAAAUGUUGUCAAUAUACACGCUCAAGAAGCCCCACGCUGUUUCCUUUUUUAUUGGGAUUUUUACUUUGGUUACAAUAGAUGUUUCUUGGUUUACACAACUGUUUAUUCCUCACUUUGUUUUCUUAUACAAUUUUAAAGCAAUUUUUAAGCAAAGUCAAUUAAAACAAAUUCAGUUUAGAAGCAAAGUCAAUUAGAACAAAACCUGAAUUGGACAUAUGGAGUCAGUCUUCAGAUGGGGUAAUUUAAUUAAAUUAAGUUUAAGCCACAACAGUUCACACUGCCCAAGGAUCUAACCUUUUUGUGACAUUUACUUUCUUAUUUCCAAAGUAAUGUUUCAUGAGUCUUGACAAAUCACUACUUAGAUGCCUGUAGAAAGCAAACCUACAAGGAGCAGUCAUUCUUUUCAGGGCUGGAAUUACCUUUAUAUCAUAAGCAAGUCCCAGAUAAGACAUCAAAUACAGAACCUGGGGCUAAAAGAGAACAUAAUAGUUCCACAGCAGGCCUGCCUACCGUCAAGAAGCCCCUAGUAUCUACCAGUAUUAGAUUAAAAUGUGGCCAAGCCAGGCCUUCUUUCAGAGAACUGGCCUAAAGGUGUAGUUACACCUCACAAUUAGCAUGUGCUAACUUUAAAGACUGUUAGCUGGUGUUAAUGUAAUAUCUAUUAUCUCCAUAUUGCAUUCUUCAAAGUGAUUUUAGAUGUAUCUGAUGAAGUACAUGGCUGCUUAUAAUCAGAAGUAUUUUGUAAUGUCCUGGUGCAAGCAGAGUCUUGUUCAAACCACGUGUGGAUUUGCCUGAGACAGGUUCUUUCUCAACUCCAAACCAAAAACUCUCUGGAAAUGCCUACUUCACUUUCAUGUACAGAAGGAAUAAAGCCUUAAAUAUGAAAUUUCA